AUGUAUGUUCUACCAAUAGUCUCUGACUGUCCCAAUCCUGUAGUUCUGCGUAUACAUCCCAUUGGAUUCCCAGAGCUGCUGUCCUUCACUGCAAAGGUGAAGGCAACUGAAAAACAGAAAGAAAAAGAAGUACUUGAAGGUUAUAGAAGAGAUGCAUGGUGGAGGGAAUCACUCAGGCCCACACCAAUACCAGGGUUUUAUGCAGUCCGGGAUUUUCUUGAGGAUGCCCAGCUGAACCCAGUGAAACCAUCAUAUAAUUUUAAAGGGGAAGGGAGGAAGAGGAGGUCCAUCUUCCAGCAGAUGCCUGAUCUGACACUCCCAGACACCUUCGCAUACAUUCCUCCUUCAUUCGUGGACCUAGCUGAGAAAAGGCCUGCAACAUAUUCCUUUAGGAGCACUUCAAGGCAAACUCCCACAUCCUAUAGAGAUAAGAAUAUUAACACAGAUCCCGGACAGUAUGAUCUUUUUCCUGCUCCAGUCCCCACUUUUCCAACCAAGAAUUAUAUGUUUCGAUCUGCAGUUCAAAGGUUUCCCACUUUUGAUCCGAAAGAAGGCCCAGGCCCAGGUGAAUAUGAAAUAAAGGAAAUCUCACCUACACCUAUACGGUCCAGCUUCCUGUCAAAAGUACCGCGGAUAUUGCCUGUCCAUACCAAAGUUCCUGGUCCGGGAAGUUACUGGCCUACGAAGCAGUCUCCAAAACAACCUAAAACCAUCGCCAGUCUGGGACGGGAGCACACUAUUUUCUUCAGCAAUGUUCCUGAGCUUUAGAAAACAAGAAUGGCGCAGCAUAUGAAAUUUAGGGGCACUGAUUCUGAAAGAGGCACAUAACCACUCCUCCUUCUACCUAAUUCUCAUCCCUUCCUUCUUCACUAGGACUGAACUGCCCACGUUUAUAGCUCUGGUUUUAUAUACGUUACACUGCCCUUGCGCCAUGCAAAUGCCAUUUUGUGCAUUCAGUUUCCUGCCUCCACUUAAUCCCUGGGCCUUUCCUAGCAUCCUAGAUUCUUAAUUGUUCCUGUUGUUAGCCACAUGACUAUGUUCUGUUUAUACACCACUCAAUAUGGUUCUGUUAGUAAGGAAAUGGACCUAUAGGAAUAGUUCUAACAAAGCUCUUGUGAGCUGGUACUCAGGCUGCAGCCAGGUUCCACUACAAGUGCGAGGGAACCGAUUUUCCUAGGCUCCUAUCUGCAUUUGAUGCAACUUACCUGAGUUUGAUACAAAUACACUUUUUAUCAAGGACAGCCUUUGCAAGGUCUGCAAUGGAAAGAAGAAAAAGGAUACAGAUUGCUAAACAAUUUGAGGGGGCUCAGCCUUUGCAUCCUUUCCCUGAUACAGAGGGGGGGAAAGGACUGUGUGUUGCUAGUCUUUUUAUAUGCCACAGCUUUCUAUUUCCUCCUCCCCCCCUUUCCAGUCUGUCAGUGCCUUGUCUACGACUCAGAAGCAGUUUUUUUUUCAAGAGUAGUGGUACUGGCGUUAACAGACCCACUCCAGAAUAAAUGGCUUGAGGAUACUGGUGCUCUUCUUAUUACUAACAGAACAAAUGUCCUUUCUUCCCUUCCCCACUGCCAUUCCCCUACCCCAACAAUCCUAGCUAAAUCUGAUUUGGAGGUUGUGAGACUCUGUGGAGCUGUUUUUUAAAGGGAGGUGCUGGGGGUUGCAGGAGGCGGGAAGAGGAAGGGAACAUCCACUCACGGAACAUUGGAUAUACCCAAAGCCUUUUCACAUAGAUAUGUGAAAAUAUUUUAUACCCAUUUGAAUAACUGCACCUUACAAUCCAGGGACAGAACAGCAGCAGAGUAGAAAUGUCUAUGGUUUUAUUAAAAUAACCAUUACAGGUGGAAAUCUGGAGUUUCUUCUUUAUGAAGCUGAUCAUCUCCCUAAAAACUAAAGACCUUCUGUGUUGCUACACUGUUUCUCUUAUCUCUGAAAAUAUUUAGCUCAAGUUGUUAUCUUGUAUCGCUUCCUCUCUUCCUCUACCCACAUGAAGGUUCUUGCCUUUAUAAUCUCCAUUAAAU